AAGAUACGAAUUCAUGCUAGCCGAAUGCUGGGGCGUGAAUUCGUCGACAGUCCCAUCCCGGUUGUAUCACAUGAGGAAGUACAAGCCUUCGAGAUGAAGAAACAUGUCGGCCCAUCGAGAGCAGACUUUCGAGUUCAUUUGGCAGGGUCACCCAACUCAAAAUGGAACAAACAAGCAGCAGCGGCUUUCUCGGAGGAUUUCAUGAAUACUGGCUGGUCCGAUUGUCAAGAUAGAAUGAAGAUUCAACGAAUGUUCACUGUCCAUCUGAACACUUUACGGGCGCAGUACAAGAAACAAUCACGCGGUGACCAAGAACCAACAGAAGCGGAACUUGAUAGACUGACUGAAGAGAAUCGCGAACAUAGACGUCGUGCACUUCGUCAACGACGUUCAAAUGCGAUUGGCACACAUGCAGAUCUGGCACGCUUCCAAAGGUUUUGGGAUACCAUUCCUUACACGGCCAUGAGUGGCGACGAAUCCGACCACUCACGAGGCAAGGUCAGAUACGUUGUCACGAGGCUGCGCUGGCGUUCUGCUGGACUUGAGAAGUGGCUGAGAGUAUUCGAUUGGAUGCACUUAUCGAGCAGAUUCACAGCCGAAGGAAAACCGAGACGUGGUGCAUUCCCUCGGUAUCGUCGCCGGGGCUCGAAUAGACUUGAACGUCUUGGAGACCCUGUCCCAGGGCUUCCCCAAAACUGUUACGAUGCAAUGUGGUUUGCAGGACUCAAUGAAGAAGAGCGGUCAUCUCUGAAUGUUCAACCAGCGUUGGACUUGGCACAUUCCGAAGCGGUUUUGGCGUUUGUUGCUUUACCUCAUCUCCUUAUGUUGACAUACUGA